AUGGCCCUGCUCACGGUGAUGUCCCACGAUCGCUUUGUCACCAUCUGUUGCUCCCUGGACUAUGAGAUCAUCAUGUCCCACAGGGCCUAUGUACGCAUGUUGGCUGCCUAUUGGUUCAGCAGCUGUUUGAGUGCCAUCAUCACAGAAGAUGUGAGUUUAACCAUCAGCAUGUGCUUAGAUUUCUUCUGCUUCGUGCUUAUCGUGGGCUCCCACGUCCGCAUCUUCUCAGCCGUUCUAAGGAUGCCAUUGGUGCCAAUAUCAGACUCUCCCUCUGCACCGGACCUGCUGCUGUCUAUGUUCUAUGCUGUGGUGCCCUCUACCGUUAAUUCCCUCAUCAAGAGCCUGAGGAGCCGGGAAACGAAGGCGCACUUGCACACCCCUAUGUACUUCUUCCUCAAGUACCUGUUGGUCAUUGACCUCGGCUACAUCCCCAUCACGGUCCCCAAGUCCAUCUUCAAUUCACUCACAAAUGUCAACUCCAUCACUCUGCUGGGCUGCGAUGCCAGCAUCUGCUUAGGUUUCUUCUGCUUCAUGCUCAUCGUGGGCUCCCUCACGCGCAUCUUCUCAGCCAUGCUGAGGAUGUCAUUGGUGGAGGGCAGCUCCAAGGCCUUCUCGACCUGCCUAACCAACCUGGUCACCGUCAGUCUGUUCCUCACAUCUGGCUUCUCUGCCUACCAAAAGCAAAUAUCAGAUUCUUCCUCUGCACUGGACCUCCUGGUGUCUGUGUUCUGUAUUGUGGUGCCCCCAACCCUUAAUCCCCUCAUCUACAGCCUUAGGAACCUGAACAUUAAGGAAGUGAUGGGAAGGCUGAUAUGGCCAAAAUAUUUUCCAAAGAAGAAACCAUCUAUCGGGUAA